AUGCGCUUCUUUCAUUUUACACUAGCCUCAUUGGCAUCCGUCGCAACAGCCCUCUCAUCAUUCGACACUUGGUCUCACGGCCGAGUCGCAUUAAAUGAUGUGAGCAUUCAUUUCCGCUACGCCGGCUCCGGUCCUCCUCUUCUUCUCGUCCACGGUAAUCCCCAACAUAGUCUUACAUGGCAAUUCAUUGGUCCUAUCCUCGCUCAGAACUACACUGUUAUUGCACCUGAUAACCGUGGUGCUGGGGACUCGAGUAUUCCUCCUGAUAAUGACUACACCGCUGCUGCGUCAGCAGAAGAUCUCAAGGGUGUGCUGGACUUUUUGAACGUUACGGAGACGUAUGUCUUUGCGCAUGAUAAGGGUGUUGGGAUGGCGACGGCGCUGGCUAUUAAGCAUCCUGAUAUGGUGAAGAGAUUAGCACUGGCUGAAUACCCUCUUCCGGGAUUUGGGUAUGAGCAGUCCGCCAACCCAGCAGCGUUCUGGGAUUUAUAUCAGAACUGGCAACUAGCUUUCUUUCAAGUCACAGACCUCGCAGAAUUUCUCAUGUCAGGAAAAGAGAAGCAGUUUCUUCAGUGGUACUUCUACCAUGGCAGUUAUUCUGGUGUUGAGAGCUUCAGUGAAGAGACGGUUGACAGAUACACGAGCAGUAUUUCGAAGCCCGGAUUCCUGAGAGCUAUGCUUGGUCCAUUCUCCGCUACGACUGUUGCCAAGGAUGCCGAGUUCUUCAAGACUUCGCUGAAUGAGAGUAAAUUGAGCGUACCGCUUCUUGGAAUGGGUGGUGAAGCGAGUUUGGGAUUGGAGUCGGUUCUCAAAGACUCAUUUGAGCCCAUUUCUGAGAAUGUUGAGAUUGAUAUCAUUCCUAAGGCUGGACACUGGAUUGUGGACGAAAACCCCAAUUGGACUGCGAAGCGUGUCGCCAAGUUUUUUCAAGAGGAUAAUGAGAGUCCAAAGAAGGUUGACUUGGCUUACUUGGAAGAUAUGGUUACUUUGGAUGUUGGAUACUUUGGUACGAGACGGAACUUUAAGCUGGGAUCUCAGUGA